UGUCACCAAAGCUGCGCGAUUUUGCUCCAUGAAGAAUACUGUUGAACGCCACAUUAUCCUAAUUUAUUGUCCGCCCUAAUGUCGCAAAUCGAAGGGGCAAUUCCCUUCUCAUUCUUCACCUCGCUCAUAACAGCGAUAUCCGCAAUCAAGCACUUUCAGGCAGGGUAUAAGGGAACUAUACCCUAUUAUGCUUUGGACAAGUUCAGGGCCUGGCGGCAAUACUUCCUCGCUCAGUUCCCCGCUCCUCCCACGCACACAACGCGCAUUGUCUUCUGCUUGCUAUUCCCCGAACUGGACACCUAUCGGAAGUAUCAUCUCAAAGAAGCGAAACUUGCGCAAGCGGUAGCGCAGGCUAUCCCAUUGUCACGUACUUCUCUUGACGAAUGGAAGGACACUGGGUCUUCCGGUUGCCUGGGGCGUGAAAUUAGCAAGGCCCUUGAACAGAAGAGCACGAAUUUGGACGAAGCCAGCCAUUUGAGCGUUCACGACAUCGACGAUCUUCUCGACGAACUGGCUUCGCUGUCUCCCAAUUCUGAUGCCUCGAUACACACGAACUACCCACGCGAUCUGCGCCGCACACGUCAAGAGAUUCUCGGCGCAAUAUUGCGCCGCCUCAAUCCUUUGGAUGCGGGAAUCCUUGCCCAGAUUAUCCUCAAGGAUCUUGUCCCCCUCUUGUAUCCAGUUCGUUCAUCUGGAUACGGUGCAGAACUAUGUGACUACAACACCAAGAGUGUCAAACGCUUGCGGGUUGAGGGUGCCAUGGACGUUUGGGAUCCCAGUGGUCGUCUGCGUCGACUCUACUGCACCCACUCCGACUUACGGUACGCGACGGAGGCAUUCGAACGCGGCGAAGAGGAAUACAGGCCUCAGGUUGGCACGAGGAUCAAAAUACCGAAAUCGCUGAAGCUUCAGGGUAUCAAGAACGCGUUCAACACAUUCUCCAUCAGGUCAAGCCGUGUUUGGGUAGAGACAAAAUACGACGGCGAGCGUGCACAAAUCCAUGUACAGGUCGAGGCAGACGGUACUUCAACUAUCACCAUCUUCAGCAAGAGCGGUCGAAACUCGACUUUCGAUCGCGUAGCCGUGCACUGGAUCGUUCGCCAAGCGCUUGGCUUGCGCGACCCGGAAACAGGAUAUCCUGGCCGCGACAACUGUAAGGUUAAGAAGAACGUCGUCCUCGACGCGGAGAUGGUUGCAUGGGAUACAGAUCACAUCGACGAAUUCUGGCGCAUCCGUUCCCUCGUCGAACGCACCGCGACUGGCGCAAGACGUCGCUGGCGUCCGUCUGGCGCGAAGAAACCCAAAGCGGACCAAUCACUGCAUGACGGCUUUUCGCAGUCAUCCCUCAUCUCCGACUGCGACGAGGACAUGACUGACGACACUCACUUGGCCCUCGUUUUCUUCGACAUCAUGGUUCUUAACGACGCGUCUCUACUCGGGAAGCCAUACUCAUAUCGUCGCUCCUUGGUGGAGUCAGUCGUCGAGCUUAUCCCCAGUUACUGCCUGUUUUCCGAAAGAUACCCUGUCGACCUUCCCCGAGUGCCUUUGGCAUAUUCACAAGAGGAUAGCGACUCGGACGACGACCACACGCCGGAGGACAGGCGUUCCAUCCCCAUGAAUAUUACCGCACAGCGCUCGCUCGAGCGACUGUACCAGAUUUUCGCGCGACAUCUUGUUGACCGGCGCGAAGGCAUCAUGAUCAAGGCGGACGAAUCGCGCUAUGACGAUUGGUCGUCGCAGUGGGCCAAGCUCAAGCGCGAUUAUAUCCCCGGCUAUGGUGACACGCUCGACCUCGUCCUUGUCGGCGCUGUAUGGGAUGCUGAACGAGCGCGAGAGCUAGGCGUCAGUCCAGCGGUGUACACCACAUUCUAUAUUGGCGCCCUUACCAAUGCAGAAGCACUGAAGAAAGACCCCUCCAUGAAACCCCACUACCACGUCUACUUUGUGUCGUCCUAUGGCCUGACACGGCGCCAAAUCGAGGACCUGAAUUCGCGCAUCAAAGCCAAGCCGACCGUCCUGUUCUCGGACUUGACCAUGCCCAAGCCUCGGCACGUUCCUAUCAGCCAUCCCGAGCUGGAGUAUACUUUUCGGCUAUUUGAUGGUCUCGCGAAGCCGCAUUUGGUGUUUUGCGAACCGAUGCUGGCGGAGGUGUUCGGCGCUGGCUUUGAUGUUGCACGAGGAAGCAAGUACUACGAACUUCGAUUUCCUCGCAUCUCCAAGAUCUACAAUGUCGAGGAUCGACCACAUACUGCCUGCACGACGCUCGACGAGCUUACCGACCUUGCCUAUGCUGUCGUUGGUCGGCAAAGCACGAAGGACGAGAUUGACGAACUAUGGCACCGCAUGAACGACGAAUCCGACGUUGCCGGGAAUGGCAAGCGCAAGCGAGGCCCCACCGAGGACGAGUGGGUCGAGCUGCUGAGAGCAGCGGACGAGGGUCGACUCAAGCCUGAGCAGAGGAAGAAGCGCGUCAAGGGAUACUUCACCAAGAAGCCGUCUGCAGGGAAGGCUGCACCGACGCCCUUGCUCGCUGUCAACGGGAAGCGAGGCGCGUCGUCGAUGGCCAAAGUCGCAGGACCAUCGCGUUCGGGCAUCUUUUCGUCUCGUCGGCCUGCGUCGACGCCUCCAUCUAUCCGAACAUCUUUCCCGGAUGCAUCAAUUCGCGGAACCGUUGCGCUGCCCACACCCUUGACGAGCCCGAUCUGUCAUGCGCCGGAAUUUAUCGACUUGUGCUCGCCGCCUUCGAGCCCUGUUCAGAUCGUGUCUUCCCCUCCGCCAGACACGCAAGUCACGCCUUUUCUCAAUUUCAUUCAACACGCCGGCGCCAUUUACUAUGAUCUGUCUCGAGAUCGUUGCGAGCCCUCUGCACGAUACAGAGACAUCCUUAACGAUAUCCUCAAGCGCUCCUCAACGCACGUCUCCCCGGACCUUCAAGACUUCUUGAAGCGCUGUGGAUGGAUGCCCGAUUCUAUCCAACCUUCGGACGCUCAACGCGUUUAUGGCGUUGUUCUUAGCGAUGUCCGAGGAGGUGCAGAGCGUGAGUCCAAGGAUGGAUGGCUCAAGGUCCUGCACCAACUUCGCUUUGCACGCAGUUCUCUCAACGAGAAGAGCCUCGCACCAGGACGUGCGAGGUUGUGGAUCUUCGACAUGGACAUGCUGUUGUACGCGGGCCAGGACUUCCUGUGCAGGCAUCUGGCGGAAUUGUGAUACCGGUCAGUUAGGGCAUCUAUCGCGUACCUAUGAUAAUGUUCUACCUGUUGUUCGUCCUUGCAAUUAUAGUGCCC